CAAGUGUCAUCCACAAACUCUCACAAGUCACAAUUACCACCAAUUCCUUCAUAUUGUGAGAGUUUUGUGUAUCUUUUUUUGUGUGUGUAAAUCUUACAAAGACACACUUAAGAAGAUAUGACGGAUGUAUGUGAUAAAAUGAGCAAGGGGCUAAGAAAAAUUAAGCCUUACCUUGCUAUGGUGUGCCUUCAAUUUGGCUAUGCUGGAAUGUAUAUCAUCACUAUGGUUUCAUUUAAGCAUGGCAUGAGUCAUUGGGUACUCUCUGUAUAUCGUCACGUUGUUGCCACUAUCUUCAUGGCUCCUUUUGCCCUUGUCCUAGAAAGAAAAAUUCGACCAAAGAUGACACUCCCCAUCUUCUUGAGGCUGGCGGUUCUUGGAUUCCUUGAGCCAGUGCUUGAUCAAAACUUGUACAACAUGGGAAUGAAGAACACAUCAACAACGUUUGCAUCUGCCACCGUUAACAUUCUACCAGCUAUUACUUUUAUAAUGGCAAUCAUUUUCAGAUUAGAAACAGUAAACUUGAGAAAAAUUCACAGCAUAGCAAAGGUAGUUGGAACAGUGGUAACAGUAUCAGGAGCAAUGGUUAUGACAUUGUACAAAGGCCCUGCCCUUCAAAUAAUAAAGGGACAAGCAGCAAGCCAGCAUAACAGUUCAACCACAGACUCCUCUGAACAAAAUUGGGUGCUUGGCACUCUAAUGCUCAUAUCUAGUUGUGGUGGUUGGGCUAGCUUCUUUAUCUUGCAAUCUUUCACAUUGAAGAUGUACCCAGCAGAACUCUCUAUGACAGCUUGGAUUUGCUUUUUGGGUAUCUUUGAAGGUGCUAUUGCAACUUUUAUAUUUGAACGUGACAUGAGUGUUUGGUCUUUAGGCUUCGAUUCUAGGCUUCUAGCUUGUGUUUACUCUGGUAUAGUGUGUUCUGGAAUGGCAUACUAUAUACAAGGAGUUGUGACAAGGGAACGUGGCCCUGUCUUUGUUACUUCCUUCAGUCCUUUAUGUAUGAUUAUCACAGCUGCUUUGGGUGCUGUUGUCUUGGCUGAACAAACUCAUUUGGGAAGUAUAAUUGGAGCAAUUAUCAUUGUGUGUGGACUUUACACUGUGGUGUGGGGGAAAAGCAAAGAUAGUGUGAACAAUACAAUUGAUACAACACAAAGUGAGGGACAAGAAUUGCCAAUAAAAGAUGGUACAAGAAAAGGGUCAGACAUUUUUGAAAAUAUUGAGGUUAAUGUUCCUGGAGAUAUCAAGGUUGCAGGAAAAAAUGUCAAACCAUAAGCAAUCAUAGUUCCUUUAGAAUUAAUUAACAUCACAAAUUUUCAUACUUUAAUCAAGUCAAAGAGAGAUUUGGUGCACUUGUACAAAUCUUUCCCAAUGCCCUUACCACUGCCUUUUCAUAUAUAUUUUCCUUUCUUUAACUUUUUUUUUGUUUGUUUCUCAAACUAAGAGUAUAAAUAAAAUGUUUUGUCUCUAUUUUUGUCAUUU